CCGGGCAGGUCACUGCAAACCGCUCAGGCAGGAAAAGGCCACCUAUAUCCUGGAUCGCAAAUGUCGGUCACGAAGCCCGACGACGAUUUAAGGAGACAUGAGCUCGGACAAUAGAUCUGGUUUAGGUUCUCCUGGGAUGGAGGAGUGUCCGUUUUGUGGCAGGCCUUUCAAGAGGCUAAAAUCACACCUUCCUCAUUGCAAAAUGGCUCCUGUCACCAGUGGAACGAAAAGCCACAAAGCAUUAUUAUUCCUCAAGACCAGUGCACCUCCGGAGAAACAGACUACAGCAGCCAAGACAAAGAAGAAGAAGGUCACCAUGGAUACAGAGACUUCAAAAAAAGGCCCUACAAAUAAAAAUGACAUAUCUCAAGACGUGGGUGAAAACAAAGUGGAUCUGCAGUGGAAGAGAUCCAGUGUUGAGCACCAGGCUGUGAAGAAGCAGGUUUUGUCCCCUUCAAAAAACAGAGUAAAGAAAAGUAUUUCUGUCUCUCACCAUCAGCCAAGACCUGCAGAGCCAGGAAGCAGUUCAGUUUCCAUUCAGAAGGAUUCUGGCACGUGUAGUGUAGGAGUCCCCGAGGCACAGAGGCAGGGUACUCCCAAAGCCAACUGCCCCAGGACAAAGCAGGACCACAGCUUGUCUUUGAAAUCUCCCAUCGAUACUCCUGCGCGGCAGGAGACAUCUCAAGGCCAGUGUACGGCAUCUGUCAGUGCAAGCAAGAGUGGGACAGAAGCGACGCCGAGUGAUGGAAGAAAUUACAGGAAAACGGAUGUUUGGGAGCACAUCCAAUACAGCUUGAUGAGCGAGAAAGGAUCAGUUGCAUGUUACCAAAGCAAUAUGAGAACAAAGGGAUAUAGUGGCGCAUCGGGCGGUGUGGAAGAAAACCACCACUUGACCAAGAUAAUGGAGAAUUUCAGCGUCAAGACCUAUAAACCUGCAUGCAUCAAUGGAGCCAGUGAAAGAGCUCUCACAGACGGGAAUCGUGGCAGUAGAGUAGCGAGCGCAUCAUGGCUAGAUGGGCCAAAGCCUGCAGGCUGCACCGCUGGCAGAGCUGCACGCGAGAGUGGAGAUCUCCGGGGAGCCCCUCGGCCUGCGCCUCGUGCUCCAGGGGCCGUGGCCAUGAAGCCCGUCACCGUCGCGGCUCCUGACCGGCCCGCCGCACCGAGAGGCCUGGAGUGGUUCGCAGAGCUGGGCCCGGGGUAUCGGGCCAUCGGGUUCUCCAUGCUCCCUCUGCAGCCCCUCCCUGGGCUCGCGAACAACAGAACAGGCCAGCGCCCAGGGCCAGUGGGAACAGGUCCUCCGACACAGUUUCCCGUAGCUCUGGCGCAGCGCAGACUGAUGGAGGUGCAGCUGGGGGAGCUGCCUGCCUGGCUGGCCAUGGGCACAAUGACACCCUGGGUGGGGAUGGCAGCUCUGCGCCGAGGCUGGCAGAGGUACUACAGCAAGUAUAUUGAUGUGAGGAAAGGUGGAGCUGGGGGCUUGACCAUGCUGCUGGCUGCCUACUGUGUCCUUAGCUACAGCUGGAAUUACCCACACCUCAAGCAGCAGCGCUGGAGGAAGUAUCACUGAAGACCGGGACACUCCGGUUCCUGCAGCAGGUCACAUGGCAGCCCUGACUGGAGCGACACACUGCACAAGCAGGCAUACAGCCUGUCUAACUGCUUCGUGUUCCAUGUGAGCACCGGACUCAGACCUGGAUACUGGACUGGACUGGACCAGAUUCACCUUGUUUUCUAGGUUGAAAUAGCUGGCAAAAUCAAAUACUCCUCAGGCCCCCUCCAGAAUCAGGAGUACUUCACCUGCUGAGUGCAGUAGCUGGAAGCUUAUAUACGCUGGAUGUCUUUACAUUGAGAAGGCCUUACUUUUUUAACAUAGGGUAGGCUCGCACUUCCUUUACCUGUAAGUUAUAGUCACUAAGUGUGAGAUUUUGCAAGGUCUCCUGUUUUUUGCAUGAGCUAGAAUUGUGAGAAAUUACAUUUUUUUAACAAGUGCUAAUCAUGUAUUUAUAAUACUGAUCUAUUUAUCUGCUGUAGAGUAUAUUUAUUACAGUCAUGCCCCAUUGAAUGUGGGUCCGUUUCUCUGCUCAGGUCUGAAGUGUGUGCUUCCCAUUCUCUGGAUUUAAAAAGCAAGCGUUAUUUUCCAAGUGGUCACCAGAGGGCGGUCUAGUAACUUGCAUCACUCAUCUAAUUGAAAAGUAUUUUACAAAUCUGCUUAAGAGCAUUCUGAUACACCGAAUGUGCUAACACACAAACUUUAUUUUAUAAAAGCAAAAAAAACUUUCAAUUAAAUGUAACUAUUUUACAUAAUUAUUUCAUAAAAUCAUAUUUGAAGCAAUUCCAUCUGUCUUCUUUAGGAAGAUAUACAUUGACAUUUUGUUAGUAAGUUUCAAGUCACCUUGCAGUCUUCUCUGUUCAAGAUUAAAAAGGUAUUGCAAAUUGCCCAGAAGACCUUGUAUGAGUAUUCAAAAUCCUGAGAACACUAACAAAGUCAACCUAGCCACCUUCAGAAUUACAGAGAAUGGCAUUCUAAUGAGAAUAAAGACAACACAUUGAACAGUCUCAAGGACACAGAUGUUUAACCUUCACUCAAGUAAUAUGAAUAGCUAAACAGAGACGUUGCAAAUACAGGACUGCUGCUAAAAAGUAAAACCAAAAGGGUGAUCUGUAAUGAUUCCAAAGUCAUCUGUAGCUCUUUUUUGUAUUUAUAUGUACAUCCUUUUCCACUUCCCUAUAAUGUACAUAUCAUGUAGCUGGAUAAAAAUAAUCUUGUACUUUAA